AUGGUUAUGGAGAAAACAUCAUAUGAUUUGUUAAUUACCAUAAAUAUUGUUCUUGUUACUGCACUUAUGGCUUAUGGAUCUGAGGGGCUUAAUGAUGAGGGUCAAUACCUUCUAGAAAUAAAGAGUAGAUUAGUUGACAGAUUUGAUCAUCUUAGUAGUUGGAAUUCCAAUGAUUUCACGCCUUGCGGAUGGAGGGGGGUGAAUUGCAGCAACGGAUACAAUCCGGUGGUUUUGUCUCUUAAGUUGAGUUCAAUGAAUCUUUCUGGUUCUUUGUCUCCGAGCAUUGGUGGAUUGGUUCACCUGAAUCAUCUUGACCUUUCUUUCAAUGAAUUGUCUCGGAAUAUACCUAAAGACAUUGGAAGCUGUUCAAGUUUGGAGGUUCUACUUUUAAACAACAAUAAGUUUGAAGCUCAAAUUCCCAAAGCAUUUGGUAGACUUUCUUCUUUACAAGUAUUGAAUGUCUGUAAUAAUAGAAUAUCAGGGCCCUUCCCUGAAGAGAUUGGAAAUCUUUCUUCCAUGUCCCAGUUGGUUGCAUACACUAAUAAUAUUAGUGGACCACUGCCGCGUUCUAUUGGCAAUCUCAAAAGCUUGAGGACUUUCCGGGCAGGGGAGAACUUGAUAUCAGGAAGCUUACCUACAGAAAUAGGUGAAUGUGAGGGCUUGGAGUAUCUUGGUCUAGCUCAAAAUCAGUUAAGCGGAGAAAUACCUAAAGAGAUUGGAUUGCUUGAGAAUUUGACGGCUUUGAUUCUUUGGAAUAAUCAGCUUUCUGGGGUUAUUCCAAAGGAGCUUGGCAACUGUACAAAUUUGGGAACUCUGGCUCUGUAUGAGAACAAACUUGUGGGAGAGAUACCAAAGGAGCUUGGAAGCAUUGUGUUUCUAGAGGAGUUAUAUCUUUACAGAAAUAUGUUGAAUGGGACCAUUCCAAGAGAGAUUGAUAGCGGGGUUGCAGCUGCUUUAUCUUUUUGA